AUGCCUGGCCUUGACUGUGCUCCACCUGAUGCGCCUCUCGACCUUGCUGCACUUCGCGUCGCGCUCGAUGUCUUCUGCAGACUCUGGACUUACCAACAUUUGGAAAUUCAUGAGUCCUGGGUGACCCAAAGGGAGACUCCGUGGGUCCAUGUGCUGGGUGGGCCCCAGCAAGAUCUCACCUGUUUCCUGGAAGCCGUGUGGCAGUCAGUGGGCGGAGUGAUAGAGAUGGAGAAGCGCCCGGGUGAUGGGAGCGCGUACGAGAAAUGGGUGCAAGCGACCCGUGGGGGCCUCGAGCUGGUCUCUUACCACUGGGGUCAUUACGCGCCCACCUUAGCCCGACUCCACAAGGAGGGCUGGGAGCGCGCGCGGGGCCUUUUAGAUCACGAUCUCUGGCUGACCUCCCCUCGGAAAGACUGGAAGUGGCGUGCCUUCGACACUAUGGUCCGCUUGGACGAGAGCACCGCGGCCUUGAGUGAUCCGCAGGUCGAGGCGACCAUCCGCGCCUGUAUUCAGAAAUAUGUGGGAGCCGCCGCCGUUGCUCGUAUGGGCACUGAUAACACGCAGCAACCGCGCCAUCCCACCCCGUUCAGUCAUGGCCACGAGUGCCAGGUCUGUUGCGGUCCGCUGGGAGACAAGCUCGAGGCCAUCUUCUGGUGCAAGCGCCACUGCGGCUUCGCCGCCCAUGUCGACUGUAUUCGGGACUGGUGUCGGGGACGGGCGAACCGCGACGCCCCCUACAGAAACACCUGUCUGCAGUGUCGUCAACCAUGGCUGAGUCCCUGGGGGGAUUGUGUCGAGCAACCCCGGUAUGGGAAGACGUGUCCCUGCCGUCGCAGAUGGCUGACUGACGACCAUCGUGAGGCGUUCCUUGCCGAGACUCAAGAGGCACAGCGCCGAAUGUCUGAAGGCCUGCCUGAACGGCCUCGCCCGCCACUCGAGUGGCAUAGUUUGUAUUAG